GCUUUCAUUGACGGACUACAUAUCCUACCGCCCUGCUUACAUAUCCCCGUCUUGUCUGGAGAUGAACGAGGACGCAUUUCUUCGCUUUCGACAUGACCACCCCGUUUUGACGACUUGUCCAGGGCAGUGCGCCCAUUCUGUACAUGUAUUAUUGGUGCUGAGCAAUGCCGAUCAUCGUUGACUAAUCCCAGGUUCCAGUCUGACUAGAUCUGACUCAUCUCUAUCGUUAACUUACAUCUGCACGACGGUCACCACAAUCGAUGUCCACUGCGAUUCGCGCCGCUCGCCCUGAGGACGUGGAGGACAUUCUGCAGCUCAUCGUCGAUCUGGCCACGUACGAGAAAGAACCCGAGUCCGUCAAGGCCACACCUGAGCUUCUCCGCAAGAAUCUCUUCGAGACUCCGUAUGCGCAUGCUCUGCUCGCAUUCGUAGGCGAGAAUCCCAAGCCCGUCGGGUUAGCUCUUUACUUUUUCAACUAUUCGACCUGGACCGGUCGGCCGGGUCUCUAUCUGGAGGAUCUGUUCGUGAACGACGACUAUAGAGGGAAAGGACUUGGCAAGGCAUUAUUCGCUGAGUUGGGUCGCAUCGCAGAGGAGAAGAACUGCGGGCGUCUAGAUUGGUCCGUCCUCAAGUGGAAUCAGCCCUCGAUCGACUUCUACGAAAAGGUGCUCGGGGCAACGUCAAUGACCGAGUGGAUGGGCAUGAGGCUCGAGGAAGCAGGAAUCAAAAAAUUGCGAAGCUUUGCAUCCCGGGCGGAAGAUCGUUAGCUUCUGAAACAAAGAAUUCUAGGAAAAUUGGAAGUACGAGUUGUAUCCAUCCCAUUGACUUGUGAUGCAGAUUUAGAAUCUUGCCAAUGCUUUUGCACCAGGGUCCGCUGCGCUUCGUUGGUAAGCUUCAAAGCCAAAGUCCCGUUUCAGUUUCCAGUGCGUGGUCCCCACGACAAAAGUAUAUUUCCAUUCCAAGAGAUUGCGGUGGCGUGAUCGCUACGUUGAGCCAAAAUUGAAUUGAAUUUUCUCUUCCAAAUAUGUAAGACGCGUUUCUCAACAAAACCACGGAAUUAUUCAAACGCCAUCGUAGCUGGCACCGCCGGCCUUCCGCAGUCGCACAACAAUGGGCUCUUCGUUCAGAUCGUCCUUCUCACGGGCAGCCACCUCGAUCGAGAAGACUCGCAGCGUGCUCUUCACGUCUGCCGAAUGGACGGAUAUCUGCCGCGCAAAGUCAGAACGAUUGUUUCUCGGAUGGAGCUUCCCUGCCUUGGCUUUCCGCAUGACCUUGCAUGAUGGACCAAUCCAUACCUGCACGGUACUAAAUGAGCAGCUUCAGGAGGAAGGCUGGUGACAUACCACAAGAAUGAACUUCUCCCGCUUUGACUCCUUGUCGUUGGAGUAGCUGACGCGAACGUACGCAUACGACGCCUUGCCGUCAUCGAGAGACUCUCGCAACUCGGCCAGACCGCCCGUCCCCGUCCCUGUAACAACCAAUUUGUCCGAGCGAUCGUUCUGAGCGGAAAGGCGAUAUGAGUGCAGUGUGACUGAGUGCGUUCCAGCUCAUAACCACCUCGUAGUCGAGGAGAACCCAAUU